AUAUUUGUUUUCCUCCAAAAACAAAAACCCUAGAAUCUUUUCUACACUCCCCUCCUUUUUGGGUCUUACUUUUUUUUUUUUUUUAAUUUUUCCAUUUUUUUUCCCAUCAAACUUAAAAUUCCUUUUCUGAUUUCCAUAUCUGAUCAUCAUCAUCAUCUUCUACCUCUCCCCUAAAAUGGGUUUUCUCUUGUAAAAUUCCUUUUUUCUGUUGCAAAAAUAAAAUAAGAGAAGAAAAAAAGGAAUCCACCCUCUUUUCUCUUUCUCCCUCUAACAUAAUCUUACAUAAAUUUUGUUUCUUUUUUUAUAUUGUAAUUUCUUGUAAUUUCUUCCACCUUUUUACCCAUACAAUUUUUUUCGUUUACAAUUUUCAUGGCUGCUGUUGCACAAAAUGUUGUGAAUUCUGAUGAUCAGUUCAAUAAGAAUUGUAACUCACCUACCCAGAACUCAGAAACUGACACUAAAAGUUGUGAUUCAAACACCGAAUUUCAGAAGAAUAUAAAUGAGUUAGCCGACAUUUUAUCUAAGUUGAAUCCUUGGGCUAAAGAGUUUGUACCCUCUUCUUAUCGUCUCAAAAAUGAUGAUCAGUCGGUUCACAACAAUUUUUCCCCACUUAAUAAAAUUUCCAGCAAUGAUAAUUUUCCUAAUAAUCGGAGGAGGAGGAAUAGCUUUAACCAAGGGAGGAGACGGAUGAAUGGAAGAGCUUUUCGUGCACAGCGAGAAGAAAGCAUUAGGCGCACAGUAUAUGUCUCUGACAUUGACCAGCAUGUCACUGAAGAGCGAUUAGCUGCUUUGUUUAGUAGUUGUGGACAGGUUGUUGACUGCCGAAUUUGUGGCGACCCUCAUUCGGUUCUUCGUUUUGCUUUUGUAGAGUUUGCUGAUGAGCAGGGUGCUAGAGCUGCUUUAAGCCUAGGUGGGACAAUGUUGGGAUACUAUCCAGUCAGGGUCUUGCCUUCCAAAACUGCAAUACUCCCUGUGAAUCCUACGUUUCUUCCCAGGUCUGAAGAUGAGAGAGAGAUGUGUGCAAGAACUGUCUACUGUACAAAUAUUGAUAAAAAGGUUUCUCAGUUGGAUGUUAAGACUUUCUUUGAGACUGCUUGUGGUGAGGUUUCUCGUCUGAGGCUUUUGGGGGACAAUGUGCAUUCAACUCGUAUUGCUUUUGUUGAAUUCACAAUGGCGGAAAGUGCUAUCAUGGCUUUGAACUGUAGUGGGAUGAUUUUAGGAACUCAGCCCAUCAGGGUAAGUCCUUCAAAGACACCAGUGAGGCCACGACUUCCUCGGCCAGGAAAUUGAGUUACCCAAAUCCAUGUUUUGUGGAUCGAGGCAAAGUGUUGUUAAUGCAAUCCGGAAAAGACCACCUUGUUGAAGGGAUGGUGAACAACUUUAAAUUCCCUUUGAUGUCUCUUGUUCCGCUGACAAUAGUCAGCCUGUCAUGUGGUUCAAACGUAUAGGACCGUGCACUGCUUCAAUUGAAGUUUUUUUACAGGACAAUACUGUCCUUAAUAUUCUAUUGCUCAACCUAGUUAUCUAUGGUUCGUCCCUAAAUUUUGUUGAA